AUGAGUGAUUUGUGCCGGAAGUAUAAAGGCCGACUUGCUUCGAAGCUGAUCCGAGCUAAUCUCGAACUCCUAAGACCAUUGAUAGUUGACGAUAACAUCAAUCUGAAGAUCGUCCAUUUGGUUCGUGACCCUAGGGGCUCUCCAUUGUCCAGGAUCAAAUACACAUUAUCGAAGAAAAUAUCUCCGACUGUUCGUUCUCAAUUCCCUAAAUAUGGACGAUUGAAUCCCCUCAACCUUUUCAGCGUUACUCCAGAAACCGGAGACACUGUUCGAGGAAUGUGCAAGUGGAUCAGAAAGAACGCAGUUGUUUCGCCUGAUCUUCUACCCGCUUGGUUGCAAAGGCGUUACUACCUCGUCAGGUAUGAAGACUUUGCAGACACUCCCCUGAAGGUCACGCAAGACCUCUACAGGUUCGUCGGAAUUCCUUUUAAAAAAGAGGUUCAGGAUUGGGUGAUAAAGAACACGGAUGUGACAGUCAGUAAAAAUGACUUGUUUUCAACUCACAGGAAUUCCCAUGUCGCUGCUACACAUUGGAUCAAAGAUCUUACUGAAAUGGAAGUCGGGCAGAUUGAGGAGGAAUGCCAGGACGUUUUAGAACGAAUGGGUUACGAACCAUAUAGCCAACUGAUUCACCGGGAACAAUCAACGAGAUAA